UAGGAUGUUUGAUUGCGAAAGAUGGCACGAGUAGGUAAAAACCAAAUAUGUUGUUUUCUGAUGUCUUGACAGUAGGGAAAAAUUUAUUCUUCUGUUUCCAUUGAAACAAUCUGCUGUUUGAUGGCGAUGAGAGAAUUCAUCUUCAUUGUGACCACUGGAUUGACUCUUGCUUUAAUUUUAGCAGAAAUUUCAGAAAAUUCAUCGAUAUUCUUUCCCCAUGUGACUAUAAACUUAUAUUUUUCGUCAUCACUAAAUGAGCAGCCAGUAAAGAAUAAGUCUAGGCCGUUGAAUGAUACAAUCAAUAAUGAUACAGAUGUAUCUUGGAAUUUUGGUGUUUCAUUACCAGGAGAUCCUAAUUACUGCCAAAGAGAACAAACCACGACAUGCAAUCCUUUUGAUCCAUACAGAACGAUUGAUGGAAGCUGCAACAAUUUGAAUCAUCCGACAUGGGGUACAGCUAAUGAAUGUUACUUGCGAUAUCAACCAGCAUAUUAUGAUGGGUAUGAAGGAGUUAGAAAAUCUAAGAAUGGGAAUCCUUUACCUCUAACUAGAGAUUUAACGUUGAAUAUUUUUAAAGAUGUUAACAGCCCGUCACCAAAUGUUUCCUUCAUGUUCACAAUUUAUGGUCAAACUGUGGCCCACGACUUAGCCCAUUCUGAAAAUCUGAACAUACUUCAACAUUGUUGCACUCGUGUCCCGGAUCAUGAAUCUUGCAUGGUCAUUCGAAUGAGAUCAAACGAUGCAUUCUAUUCUCGGUACAAUGUCACAUGCCAAGAAUUGCACAGAACUCUGGAAUGUGAAAUCUGCAAUAAUACAAAAAGAGAACAGGUUAAUGGUGUAACAGCUGCUUUGGAUGCGUCGAUGGUGUAUGGUAAAGAUAAUAAAAGAAUGAUGGAUAUACGGGCUAAUGAUGGAACAGGAAAACUGAUUGUAAAUACAACUGAACAUGGAGAGCUUCUGCCAACUCAUAAAGGUCCUUUCGAUACUUUCUGCCGUCAAAAACCACCUGGGUCUUGCUUUUUGACAGGAGACGUAAGAGGAAAUCAGCAUUUUUUUCUCACUAGUGCUGUGACAUAUUACGUGCGAGAGCAUAACAGAAUAGCUACAAAUCUCAAGAAGAUAAAUCCUCACUGGAAAGAAGAGAAAUUAUUUCAAGAAACCAGAAGAAUACACUCGGCAGUUCUGCAAUGCAUCACUUACAAAGAAUACUUGCAGAUACUUCUUGGGCCAUACAUUAUGGAUCGAUUUAACUUGACAGUUAAAAAUGGAUCAGAAGGAACAAAAUAUAAUCCUAGAAUACGACUUGGUGUCAGUAACGAAUUCUCAACUGCAGCUUUCCGUCUCCACAGCAUGAUACCCAAAAAAGCCGAUGCAACUGGCACGAGGUUUAAAGAUUUUUAUUCAAAGCCAGAACUUAUUCGGGAAGGUCGCAUGGAAGAAAUAAUGCAAGGGAUAUUGAAGAUACCAUCCCAAGAAUACAAUCAUUAUUUUGUGGAUGAUAUAACUAAUUACAUGGCUCAGCGCCCUGGAAAUUCCUAUGGUGUAGAUUUAUGCUCUCUUGAUAUUCAAAGAGGAAGAGAUCAUGGAUUGGCUCCUUACGUGGUAAUGGUAAGAUUCUGCUCCGAAGGAAGAGUGAACAUUACGACCUUUGAUGACCUUGCGCCUUUGCUGAUGACAGAGAAAAGAGCAAGAAUGUUAAAAGAAAACUAUGCGUCAGUGGAUGACAUUGACUUAUUUGUUGGACUGCAGAUGGAAAAUCACUUUCCUGGAUCAAUAGUAGGUCCAACAGCUGGUUGCAUCAUUGCAUUGCAGUUUUAUACAAACAAAUUUGGUGAUAGAUUUUUCUUUGAACACGAAGAUGAAGUGUCAUCCUUCACAGAAGCUCAGAGGAACUCUCUCAAGCAGUGUUCUUUAUCUAGAAUAUUGUGUGAUAAUUCUAACAUCACCCACAUACCAAAGAAUGCUAUGCUUCUUCCUAACGUCAGAAACCCUGAAGUACCUUGUGAAGACAUUCCAGGAGUCGAUUUAUUUCUCUGGGCCGAAAAUCAAUCCAUGCAAAUAGCACCAGUCAUGAUUCAUAAUUGUCUUCCUAUUCUGUCAUUAUUAUUUAUACAGAAAUAUAAAAAUAUUUUAUGAUGUAUCUACUUUUUCUAUAAGUUCUAUGCUCUACUAGAAAAUGUUUAC